AUGGAACUACAACAGGUUGCAUUACAAUCCAUAAAAAACAACGUUUUUUAUGUGGAAAAAUUGUGGCCCUACGUUGUGAGCACAGGUACCCUCACUUUCCCCAUUAUUGGGGCAACAUUCACUUUACUCAGCUAUUUGACACAAGAAGAGCCAAAGAAAUACAUGGUACACGAUUUGAAUUUACCAUUCAGACCGGCUGAUGAAAGAUUUGAAUCUCCAUAUUUUGAGUGUAUGUUUGUGUAUAUGGUUUGGGCCGCUUUGAUUUGUAUUUUUAAUUACAUCUCUUAUGAUGGAUUCUUCGGCAUGGCUUGCCUACAUGCUUGUUUAAAAAUGAGGCUUUAUUGCAAGAAAUUAGAGCUUACUUUUCGAUCUGACGACGAUAAUAAAUAUAGCCAUUUGGUCAAAGUAAUUGAGGAGCAACAGAAAAUGUUCAGGUAUGUGACUCAUUUCUUUCUUUUGAUUUUUAAUUUCUCAAUAGAUUUUAUUUUGCUUCUCAAUUGGAGAGGAGUCAAGACAAGAAUCAAUAUGCAGAAAAGCAGAAGCAGAGGGAAGUGGAAUUUUAUAUCAAAUUAAAUUCUAUUGAAGCGAAUCGGAAUGGAAAGGAGCAGAAGUGCAUAGAAAUUGAACAUAAUAGUGAGAGAAUACAAGGCUCCGCUUUGUUCCACACCGCAAAAUGUCCUUGUAAAAUAACAAAUAGGGCGUUUGUGCAUUA